AUGUCGAGUGAAAGGGUUGUGGUCACGGGCUCGGUCUCGCCCACCGGAACAACCAGGACCACCCGCACUACGACUUAUAAUCUGCGUGCAGUCCCUGGCCCUCCAUGUGUUCUUGUAGGGAGUGACAUGCAGCCUCAGCACGAGCGAAAGGCCUGUACUCAAGCUGAGGGGGAGUUUGGAAAUAUUGAGGAACUCAAGAAGUACAUCGAAGAUACCAGAAACAAACUUUUGGAAGACCCGAGGACAAGACAGAUGAUCGAGAGGGGAGAGGCCACAUGGGAUGAGGUGAAGGCAUACUUGAGCGAACACGGGCCUCGACAGCGCGAAGUCCCCAGCGGCCCAACUUCGAGCAAAUCGACGUAUACCUACUCAACGGGUUUCUGGUAUCCGAUGGCGCAAGGUGGGGCUUUCACAGCCGCUCCGAAUACAGUGUUUGAGGUCGCAUGCCGAGAUCCUGAGGCAACGAAGAUCAGUCUAAGACCUCAAGCCGACGUAGUGUUUGAUGCGAAGACGAACCAACUUGUUUUCGCGUUUGACCUACCUGGUUUCACUAAGCGCGACGUUGACGUGGAAAUCGACGGCAGAUGUAUCUCUAUUUCUGGUGAACGUCCAAAGCCUGACCUGAAGGAAGAAUUCGGGGAGAAUAUGGAAUGUUUUGUGGCCGAAAGAAAUUUCGGCUUUUUCUGCCGUCGUUUUCAGUUGCCACCUAACGCCAUUGAAGACUCAGUAAGUGCCACCAUGGAAAAUGGGGUUCUGUUUGUCCGGGUUUCCACUAGCGAUCACAAAAGCAAGACAGAGAAGAAGAAAAUCAACAUAGAGUGA